GGCCUAGUGAACACGCGGGUGACCUCCAGGGCAGUCUUUAUUAUGCACUUUCCACAUGUUUAUUGUUAUAUCCCGGUGAAGGAAAAGCUAGUACUGGUUUCUUUCUUGUGGCGGUAUCUUGGGUUAAAUCAUUUCUUGAAUUCCUCACAUCGAAACACAUCCCGGUGCCCGGAAGGAUUGCUUGUUAGGAUUUCCGGUCGAGUUUAUCUUUUCGUUUCUUGCCUGGAGUGCUGCAUUCGUUGAGGCAGCCGAGAUGAGCGUUUUCUGACUUAUGGUUGCAGAAUACAAUGUCGUUUUUUAGAUUUUUUUUCCUUUGGCAUUCAUUAAAUACAAAUCUGUAUAAACUGUUGGAUUUGCGUGAAGCUCAUGUGAUUGUGAUUUAAUGAUUUCUUAUCCUGGUGAAAAAAUGUAAAUGGUUGGAUAUUGGCUCCUUGUGCAUCUAACUAUACCAGGAAUACCUCCGUUAUAAAAAAACUUUAAUUUCAUGUUCAGAUAGCCUUAGAAGAACAGUGUUGUUGUUAGGUCCGGAUGAGUUCACUCAUAGCGACCCCCUGUGACAAAGUAGAACUGCCCCGUAGGGUUUCCUAGGCUGUAAUCUUUACCGGAGCUGAUGGCUAGACCUCUCUCACAUGGAGUCGCUGGGUCCGUUCGAAUAGAAAAGCAAAAACCUUAUUAACAUUUCAGAUAUCUGAAUUAACUCAGAGCGUUGAAAUUUCCAAGGUGUAAAGUGUUCCUGCAUGUAUUACUUCUCUCCUGUAGGACUCUCCCUUCCAGGAGGGCUAAGUUUUAGUCUUCAAAACUUUUGGCCUUCAGGCAGUGGCGUCACUAGAAUUAGUGUUACCCAAUGUGGUAACUCAUUGUGUCACCUUCCCUCCCCCUCCCUUCCUCGUGGACCUCCUCUGGUACCAGACCAUACAGAAUCCUUAAUAAUGUUUUUUGUACUGCUACUCAUAAAUUGUAAUUCCCAUAUAUCACUCAUUUUUUUUCUUUUAAUUACUACUUCAUUCUCAAAAAAGUUAUUGAUACAGGUUCAUAAAUACUAAUUACCACAAUAUUGUAGCUAAAACACCAGAGAAUUUGACAAAAUCAGCAACUAUAAAAACACCAGCAACGAAAACAACAGCUCUAAACUACAUGAUUCAAAACGUCAUCGUAAUUGGGUAAUAAUGACAACUCUAAUCGGAGCGCGAUACAAGGCUGAAAAAGUAAAUUAGCAUAGAGUUUUAACUGUGCAGGUAUAUUGAUACAUAAGCUGGGUUUACAAAAAAUAUUUUUGUUGCUGUAACUACAGGGAUGUUCUUAUAAAAAGUAAUAAAUUUCUGCUGAAAUACUGCACAAAAGUUUUACAGAUAGUCAUUUUGUUGUCAUCCCCGCUGACAGUGUCACCCCUCUAAUGAUGCGACUGCUUCAGCCGUAACGUCUUUUGUUUCUUCAUUUAUAGCGCCUAUCCUGUGUUGUAAUUGAAUGUAUACUUCUGGUCUCCAGACAGUUUUGAAGAAAAUCUAAAACCACAGUAAUGGACUUGAAUGGCUUCCUUUGGAUGGAAGAGAAAAAUUGGAGAGAAGGUCUCAAAGGUUACCUCCCAGCAGUUUGAAGCUGAAGCUGCUGAUGAGAAGGAUGUAGUUGAGAAUAAUGAAGGGAACUGGCUUCAUGCCAUUAAACGCAGGAAAGAAAUGCUCCUGGAAGGCUGCGCUGAGAAAAGUAAACAGCUGAAGGAUGAAGGAGCCAGUCUGGCUGAAAAUAAAAGAUAUCGGGAGGCAAUUCAGAAAUGGGAUGAAGCGCUUCAGUUAACCCCAAAUGAUGCUACCCUGUAUGAGAUGAAAUCACAGGUCCUAACGUCUCUUCAUGAAAUGUUCCCAGCAGUGCAUGCAGCGGAAAUGGCUGUACAGAGAAACCCACAUUCAUGGGAGUCUUGGCAAACUUUGGGACGUGCUCAGCUUGGAUUAGGAGAGAUAGUCUUGGCAAUCCGAAGUUUUCAAGUAGCCCUUCACAUCUAUCCAAUGAACCCUGAAAUAUGGAAAGAAGAUCUGUCUUGGGCAAGAACACUCCAGGAGCAGCAGAAGGUAGCACAGAGAAUUGAAAAGAGUGAAACACCAGCAGAAAUAACACAUUUCUCACCAAAGUCAAUUCCCGACUAUGACUUUGAAAGUGAUGAGAUUGUUGCUGUUUGUGCGGCUAUUGCUGAGAAACAGAAAACAGUUUCAGCAAAUAAAACCAUGGUUAUCGUGUCUGCUUCUGGGACGGUAGAGACUGUAAGUGAGAAGGAAGAUUGUGCCACAACACCAGAUGGCUCUGUUUUUAUCAAAGCCCGAUGAAGCAGUAUGUGUAUCAUGAAUUAUUUGAAUCUAUGCUUUUGAUUAUCACUUAAAGUUUUAGACAUAGGGACAUUUAGUCUGGAGAAACAGGGCAAAACUCCUGCUUGUAAAAUAAGUUUUUCAGAUGAGGCAUGUAAAAACUAAAUGGAAGGAUUAUUGUAUAGUGUUUGGGCUAUGGUAAGUUAAGGCUUAGAUUUCAUAAGACUAAAAUUCUAAAUAAAAUGGUUUUUGAUUAAUUUAAAAUAUAUGAAUGGAUACAUUUUGAAAAUUUACAGCUCGAAAAGUGAAUUCAUGAAUAGUGAAUCACUUGAUGGCCGGCGUUACUAAAAUGUUGACUCAUGGACUUUUGUUUUAUGAUAAAGGAAGUUUGUGAAUACUUUCUUUUCUAGAAAUAUACUGCCCUUUAUAAAUACUUUUCUUGCUUCAUUACAGUAAAUCUGUCACACGGUUUGAAUAUUUUUGAACAUUCGUUUUGAUUCAGAGUUCUGAUUUUGCUAUCUAUGGAAUCUUGGAAAGUUCAGCUGAAAAUGCAUGUAAAUGUAUAUAUUCUGAACAUCUUCUGAAGUUUCUCUUAAAUCUGACUUGUGCUUAUAUUUUUGGCUUUAAAGUUACUAUAGCAGUGACAGUUGCCUCCUUUAGUAUUUGUUAAGUGUGUGAAGUGCUAAUAAAUGUCAGAAUGAUUUCUUAAAAAUCAUUACUGUAAGUAGAGUAGUCUUUACUACAACUGAGUUCUUUUUAAGAUGUACAUUUUUAAAAGGAUGGGUGGCUUUUCCAGAUACACUGUAACAAGCUGUUCUGCUACGUUGUCCCAAUCAAAAGCAAUAUUUCCUUUUCCUUAUUUUUAAAAGCUUAAAAGUCUGAAAGUAACAUAUCUCUUGCUUAUAACUUUCUACCUGAUGAUUUGGGAUUCCUUUCCUAAUUAACUUUUUCUGAAUUUGUCAGUGAAAUGAGACAUAAUCACAAUUUUAAAUAGCUAAAUUAUUUCUUUCUAAAAAUAUAAGUAGGGGUGUUGUUACUAGAGUGCCAGUGAGCCAGUAACUUAGGCACAAAAUAUCUACUGCUGUCGAUUCAAUUCUGACUCAUAGUGACCCUACAGGACAGAGUAGAACUACAUAGAAACUAAAAUAUGCUUUACAGUACAGUCCAAUGAGUAGAGAAGGGUAUAUUAAAUAUUUCAUUGAAAAGCCAUAAUCACAUUCACGAAUCAAUACUGUCACUGCUAACGUGAAUUAUUAUAUUUACAUUACAUAUAUUGUGGUACAAUUAUAUAGAACUCUUGGAUACUCUUAUUUCAGACACUCAGGAAGAUAUUAUUGGGGUAAAAUUAAUUUUAUCUCAAAAAAGAAAGUGAACUACUUCAUGUUAAGGAAUUUUACCUAGUCUUGUUGGAGUGUAUAAGUAAUGAUUUAUGUUUUUAUGAGACAAUUUUUUAAAUUUUGUUUUGAUGGAAUGCUUAUGUCUUUUUUUCAGAGUUGAAGAAGUCAGCACUUGCCUUGUAAAGUAUUAUAUUUUUCUCUCAAGUUAUAUCAGAAAAUUAGCUCUGGUUAGAAGGGUCAGGUUCAGAAUGAUCCAAAAGUAAAUACUGAUUCUACUUUCUUUUGUUUAGUAAGGAGCCUUCUCAGAGGAGAUAGUUGAGUAUCUAUAGAAGUGCCCACUCAAAAUUUGGAUAAUGUUUUGACUAAUGGAUGUGUGCUUCUUGUGUAAUUUGUGAAUAAAUAGAUUUUUCUGCAUUUUGAAGAUUUUUCUGUUAUUUUGUGUUGUUAGCUUUGAAAAAAGGAGAUUGAUUCACUUUUUUGUAUGCAGAAAUAAUGUCUGCAUAGCACAUUGCAUGGUGUCUAGCACAUGAAGCACUCACUAAAUGAUAGCUACUUUUUGUUUUUUUCAUUGUACUUUAGAUGAAGGUGUACAGAACAAACUAGCUUCUCAUUAAACAAUUAGUAUACAUAUUGUUUUGUGACAUUGGUUGCCAACCCCAUGACAUGUCAACACUCUCCCCUUUUCUAUCUUAGGUUCCCUAUUACCAGCUUUCCUGUCCCCUCCUGUCUUCUAGUGCUUGCCCCUGGGCUGGUGUGACCAUUUAGUCUCGAUUGUUUUUGUGGCCCUGUCUACUCUCUGGCUGAAGGGAACCUCAGGAGUGACUUCGAUACUGAGCUAAAAAGAGUCUGGGGGCCAUACUUUCAGGGUUUCUCUAGUCUCUGUCUGACCAAUAAGUCUGUUUUUUUUUGUGUGUGUGUGAGUUAGAAUUUUUUCUAUAUUUUUCUCCAGCUUUGUCCAGGACCCUCUAUUGUGAUCCCUGUCAGAGCAGUAAGUGGCGGUAGCCAGGUACCAUCUAGUUGUGCUGGACUCAGACUGGUAAAGGCUGUAGUACUUGUGGUCCAUUAGUAAUUUGGACUAAUCUUGCCCUUGUAUCUUUGGUUUUCUUCAUUCUCCCUUGAAUGAUAACUACUUCUAUGAAGAGCUUAAGUUAGUUUGGAGGUCAGUUUCUUCUGAUUUUAAGAGUGUAAGAACUGUUUCAUAACCCCUUUCUUACCUGAAAGUGAGACAUCACUACUUCUGAUAUUACAGGACAUUUAUUUGCCAGUUUGGGAUCAUUCUUAGCAUAAGGGCUCUUCCUAAACCCCAAAAGAGACAAGUCUCAGGGUGGAGUAUAGCCACUAGAUUUUCUUAAAACCUAAUAUUUCCUCUGUAUUGUCAGUGAUCAGUGAUAGGCCAGGUUAGUCUCUUCCUCAUCUGGGUAUAGUGUAGACCUAAGAUGGUUUAGACAAAAGUUGCAGGAGAAAGAGAAUAGGGAGUUAUGCAGAAGGAAGGCAGCUCCUCUCUUCACAUCCCAAGAGAUGGUUAGCUAACACUCUUCUACACAGGAUGAGAAAAAUAUAUCCAUUACUUUACAAAAAUGUGAAUACUGAUGAACGUUUACUAAGCUGGUUAAUUGUAAUAACAGAUUUUUAAAAUCUGAAAGAAAAAUAAUUGAUGCUUAUGCUAGUGAUAUAAUUAAAGAUGUUUAAUAUGCUUUCUGAAAUAAUACACUAAAAUUGAUUCUAAUUUUUAUUAAUCUUCUUUAGAAAUUAUAUGGCAUAGAGAGGCUCACUAGCCAGAAUAUUACAUAUCCCCUAUCCUCAAACCUACUGCUAUCGAGUCAGUUCUGACUCAUAGCAACCCCAUAGGGUUUCCGAGGCUAUAAACCUCUACGGAAGCAGACUGCCAUCCAGAGCAUGCUUAAUAAUUUGAGCUUUUCUCAUAUAGUAUUCUCUAGGGAACAGGCUUUUAGAUUGAAGAGUAUUUCUCCUAAAUGUGUUAAUACAUACUACGUAAACAUUAAAAAGUCAUGGGAAGUAUAAAUCAUAGAACACAGAUCUACUUAGUUGGCACCGUCACAUAAAACUUGAUAACCUAUUGCUGUCAAGUCGAUUUCGACUCAUAGUGCCCCUAUAGGACAGAGUAGAAUUGCCCCAUAGGGUUUCCAAGGAGCGGCUGGUGGAUUCGAACUGUGACCUUUCAGUUAGCAGCCAAUCUCUUAACCACUUUGCCACCGGGGCUCCACAAAACUUGAUGGUGGUGGUUUAAAUAUGAAGAGCUUAGAAAUUGAUGUUAUAUGGCAAAGUUAUAAUGAAGAUUUAGAUAAAUAAACUUUACCUCAGAAAGCUAGAGCUUCCACUAUUAUAAUGAAACAGUAUAGCCUUUUCAGUUUGAAAAUAAUGCUUUACAUAAUAUUAAAAGCUUGUUUCUCUCUUUGCCAGCAGUAAUUAUCAGUCAUUUCUUUUAGUUUCCUUGUCAAAAGCCCUUUGAAAUUGACUCUAUACCAGCCCUUCUGACCUUUGAGUUGAUGACAUACAUGUAUCUAAAUGAUUUGCGAGUUGACGUGAGAACCAUAGCUCCAUGAUAAUUAUCUUCAAAUCAAUGAGUAUAUUAAAUGUAGGUUUUUUUUUUUUUUUUCUGAGAAGUUAUUAUUAAACUGGUGAUAUAUUUUAUAAUUGAUGGCAUUUUAGGAUUGAGAAAAUAGUUUUUGUGGGGUAUUUUAAACCAAUAAUGAAAUAUGGAAAUUUGUAGAUGAUUUACCACCUUACCAAACUAAAUUAAAAUGAAAUAAAGGUUAUCCCUAAAGUAAUGUCACGUUACUCACUGGCAACUAAAUAUGCACGCCUGAAUGACAGAGAAGAGGUGGCCCUAUAUCUAAGCUAGUGUACCAUGUAUUGUUUAUUAGAGUGUCUUGUGUGUGAAUUUCUCUUGUGUUUGCCAAGGUGGAAGAAACGUUGAGAAAUGCUGAUACCUAUCUACACUUUGCUGGGAAGGCAGGGAUGGGAAUGGCUUCCUUUCACAGUGCUUCUUGAUUCCAUGUGUAGAGACAUGCAUCAACCUAAGAAUCCUGGUCUCCCUCUUCUAUCUACCUCCCAUCUUCCCAGGAAAGAAAGAAGUUGAGGGUAAAGACUGGGCCUGGUAGGCCCUUCAUCCUCUUUCUUUGGAUUUGUUAUGUUUACAGAGAGCCCUUGCUGUGUUUUAGGCUUUGCAGUGAAGACUCUCUGCCUCUGCAAGGGGAGACCUGUGAUGUACAGAACUGCCCAUGCUUGGUGUGAACAGGUAUGUCUGAUUGUAGGGUCAGUAUUAGGUGGCCAAUUACAUCCUCUGACCUAGCCUUUCCAGCAAUGAAUCUGACAUAUUGAAUCUCCAUCUGUCUCAAUCUUUUUCUCUCAAUUGGUUCAGAAGUCAGAGGGGACAAGGGUCAUUAUUUUAUGACUCCCUCGAACUACAACAAAGAUUAGUGCAGAGUAUGUUUCAAAGUACAUAUGAGAUAAAAACCAAAUAUAGGAGUUUUUUAAAAUUUUAUUUUAGAAUUUUUUUAAAUGAGGAAAUUCUAUUGAAAAUGGGUAACGUUAAUUACAAGGCAACCUGUAAAAAUUUGUUCAGGCUAUCUGAAAGGUCCCCUGACUUGGAACUGUGAUGUAUCGUGGUAUUGACCCUAGGUUUAAUUGGAAGGAAAGAAUGCAGAGAGGGGCAUGAUAUGCUGUACUCAUCUGGAUCAACUUUCUUGACUAUAAUUUACAAAAAUAAAAUGGACCCAUUUUAAGUUUACAGUUUAGGUUACUUCAACAAAUGUGGACACCAUGUCAUACCACAGAAUAUUUCCCUCCUGCUCUUUUGCAGUCAGUUGCCCUCCACUCCAACCAAUAGCCCUAGACAACUGCCGAUCUGCUUUCUGUGGCUCUAAAUUAGACUUGCCUUUUCUAGAAUCUCAUAUAAAUCAUACAGUCUGUGCUGUUUUGUGUCUGGUAUUUUUCAUUCAGCAUAAUGUUUUUGAAAUUUAUCCAUAUUGAGAUUCAUCUGCCAUUGUGUGUAUCAGUGACUUGCUCCUUUUUGCUGAGUUGUAUGUCUGUACCGUGAUUUGUUUAGCUGUUCAGCUGUUGAUGGACAUUGAAGUUUGUUUCAAGUUUUGAUCUGUUGAGGUUAAAGCUGCUGUGUACAUGCAUUACAAGUCUUUGUAUGGGCAUAGGCUUUCAUUUCUUCGGGGUAGAAAAACACCUAGGGUUGGAAUGGCUAAGUCUUACAGUAAGUGUAUGUGUAACUUGUGUAACUUUAGAGGAAGUUGCCAAACUGUUUUCCAAAGUAGCUAUACCAUUUUGCAUUCUCACCAGCAAUAAAUUAGUUCCAUUUGCUUGGUAUUGUCAGUCUUUUUAAUUUCAGCCACUUUACUGGAUAUGUCAUGGUAUUUGACUGUGGUUUUAAUUUAUAUUUCCCUAAUAAUGUUGAUCAUAUUUUCAUAUGCUUAUUUCACAUCUGUAUAUCUUUUUUUUGAAAAGUGUUCAAAUAUUUUGUCCAUUUUUUUUUAAUUUGAGUUGUUUAUUAUUAAGUUGCAAGGAUUCUUCCUAUAUUUUGGAUACAAGUCUUUUACAAGAUAUAUGUAUUUUGAAUCUUUUUCCCCAUCUGUAGCUUUCCUUGUCAUUUCUUUAAUGGCACCUUUUGUAGAGCAAAAGUUUUCAAUUUUGAUGAAGUCCAAUUUUUUUUUUUAUCAUUUGCACUUUUUGUAUCCUAAGAAGUCUGUGCUUACCCCAGGAUCACAAAGUUUUUUUGUUUUAUGCUACAGGUUUUAUAGUUUUAGCUUAUGGUUAGGUCUGAUCCAUUUCAUGUUAAAUUUUAUAUACAGUAUGAGGUGAAGGUCCAGGUUCAUUUUUUUGGUGUCUAGCUAUUCAAGCACUAUUUGUUGAAAAGACUGCCAUUUUCCCAUUGAAAUGCCUUGGCAUCUUUGUUGAAAAUCAAUUCACCAUAAAUUUGAGGAUCUAUCUGAGCUCUCUAUUCUGCCACACUGAUCUAUGUCUAAUCUUAUGCCAAUACCACCAUCUCGAUUACUGUAGUUUUAUAGUAAGUCUUACUAAUCAGUGCGAUUCCUCCCACUUUUUUCGAAAUUGUUUUAGCUAUUGUAGUUUCUUUGCCUUUCCAAAUACAUUUUAGAAUCAGCUUGUCUAUAUGUUCAAGGAAGCCUCCUGAAAUUUUGAUUGGAAUUGUGCUGAAUCUAUAGAUUAGUUUGGGAGGAAUCGACAUCUUAGCAGUAUCAUGUACAUGGCACACUACUUAUUUUAGGUCUUCUUUAAUUUCUCCUAGUAAUGUUUUGUAGUUUUCAGGGAACAGGUGUUGCCCAUAUUCUGUUAAGUUUACCCCUAAGUAUUUCAUGGUUUUUUUUUUUUUGAUGAUAUUAUAACAUUUAAAAAAAAAUUUCCUUUUCCAAUUGUUUAAUACUAUUACAUAGAAAUACAAUUGAUUUUUAUAUGUUGGCCUUGUAGCCUGGAACCUUGAUAAAUUCAUUUAUUAAUCGUAUUGGCUUUUUUUUUUAAUAGAUCCUUAGAAUGUUCUAGGUGUACUAUGUCUUUAUGAUUAAAGACAGUUUUCCUUCUUCCCUUUCAAACUGUAUGGCUUUCAUUUCCUUCUCUUGCCUUAUUGCAGUAUCUAGGACCCCCAAUACAAUGUUGAAUACAAGUGAGAGUGGACA